UGACAGAUCCUCACUAGGUGUCGCUUUUAUCUGACCGCUAUAUUGAUCAAGUUAGAUUUUAUAAGGACGCACGUUGAUAAGAUCUUUCGUAUUUGCUAGUUUCGCGAAAAGUUUUAAGCUAUUGUAACAUUUGUUGUGACAGAUUUUGGCAAUAAAUACAUCCAUUUUGUCAGCGUCGUAAUUGUUCGCCUAUGACGUCAUUUGUGCAUUACACAAGCGUCAUCGCUUAGUCUGUUUUGUGGAAAAUUUUAUAGGAUUCGUGGUUUGUGGAGUACAAUUGACCGCUCGCUCAUCUCUCUCUCUCUCUCUCUUUCUCCCACUCUAUAUAUAUUAUAAUAUUUGUUUUAUUUUGUUUUGUUUUGUUUUCUUUCCUUUUAAAACAUAGACGCAGGUGCUAUCGAAGUAGUUUCCUACCGUGCGCUUAUUAUUUUUUCUCCAACACUGUGAAAGUUACGCGACAGUGUUUUCACUCCCGAUCAACUCACUUUCGGUCUUGGAACGAAGUAACACACGUAGUGUUAUUUAUCUCCCAUCAUACAUCAUUGCAUCAAAUCUGUAUUUAUUAUGGAGCUACAGUAACAUAUCCUCUUGAAAUAUUGAUAAAGGUGCUAUAAGUUGAUAUCAAGAUGUCCAUGCAACAGUUUUGUUUGCGAUGGAACAAUCAUCAACCAAAUUUCAUUUCUGUAUUUUCAAAUUUAUUAAGUAGUGAAACAUUAGUUGAUGUUACACUAGCUGCAGAAGGCAGACAUCUUCAAGCGCAUAAAGUUGUACUGUCAGCAUGUAGUACAUACUUCCAAUCGUUAUUCACAGUUAAUCCAUGUCAACAUCCGAUCGUUAUACUCAAAGAUGUUAAAUUUUCCGAUCUCAAAAUCAUGGUAGAUUUUAUGUACUAUGGAGAAGUUAACAUUUCUCAAGAUCAAUUACCAUCGAUUAUUAAAACAGCAGAAAGUUUGAAGAUAAAAGGUCUUGCUGAAAUGCAUACAGCUUCGUUAACUAAAUGGCCAAGUAGUAGUAGUGAACAAGGAGCUGUAGAUCGUGGAGAAUCUUGUUCUCCUAGUCCAUCUCCUCUUUCUCCAUCGUUCAGACGAAAAAGAUUAAGAAAAACGUCAACAGGAUCCACAUCUGGAUCCGGAGAUAAAACAGAAGAAAUUAAUGAGAUUACAUUGGUCGCUACUAACAUAGUUAAACCCGAACCAUUGAUUGUAUCGCAAGAAAGCGGUGAAAAUGUAAGGCGACCAGUGAAUACCAGCACAGAAUCGCAAGGAAGUAUCGAUGAGGAUCAAAUAUCAAUAAUGAGUAAUAUGGAAAAUAGUUCUACUACGAUGCCAGCACAAAAUGAUGGUACAAUACAAAAUGUGAAUCAACAAUCGAGCGGAAAUGUAGCACAAAGUUCUGUUUCUUCUCAACCACCAGCACAUCAAGGAUUACAAUGGACUAUUAUGGAGCACACAUAUCCACGUUUCGCUCUGUCCUCGUGUCAAACGAAUCUGUCGAUCCAAGCGUCAUCAGCGUUUACAACGCCUGAAAUAACAACUUCUUCGACGAUCAGCGAUCAGUACUCUGGUACCAGCACCACUGGUUCCAGUUGUGCCCUGACGAAUUAUCCAAACUCAUCGUCGCACGGGACCUCGUCGUUACAGCAUACAUCAUCCUCCUCGUCGAGUGGUGGUGGUGGUGGUGGUGGAGGUGGUGGAGGCGGCGGUGGCGGUGGCGGCGGCGGCGGAGGAGGAGGGGGCCCACCCCCCUCGUCAACACAGUGUCCGAGUAAUUGCCAGAGUCCCUGCGCCAGUCCGCAAACUGCUAUUAAAAGGAAAAGAUCGACAAAUCCACAAGCUGAUGAGAACUUUAUUAGAGCUCUCGAUGCUGUGCGAUACGGUGGUAUAGGGUUUUGCAAAGCUGCCAGAAUGUUCGGUGUAAACAAUCGAACACUUUGGCUUGAAUACAAGAAACGUGGUUAUCCCAAUAAUCGUCCUAGCUUAAAGUCAAGAGUGAAACAAGAAGUUAAUUCCUCACCACCGCCUGCACAAUCAGCCCAACCUGUUAAUUCGCAAAGUCCAACCCCCAUGGGGCCACCAUCGACUCCGCACAGUACACACAAUACUCAUAGCACUCAUACUAUGUUAACCACUCAUAGUCCUCAUACCAUGUUAAGCGGUUACAUUGAUAGCAGGCAUACGGACUAUGCAUUACCAAUUCUUCAAUACAAAAUGGGUGGUUCGAAGAGAGGUCGUCUAUUGAUGCGUCAGCCAAGAGUGAAGAAGGAACCAUCCCAUUUGUCUCCGGACAACGACCCAAAUUCACCCCACAUCGUUUCCUCGUCCAUUCAUUUGACGGCACAAACAUUGAACGUACCACCUCAGACGUCGCCUCGUACCUGGGAAGAAACUAGGAGUUCAUCGCCACCUUCUAUAUUGGUCACACAAUCAAAUCUUUUAACAGUAACAACGCCAACUAAUUUGUUGAGCGUACCUCAGCCGUCCUAUUUGACGAAACAACAUUCUCAUCCACUUUUGUCCAGUCAACAGUCAAGUACCAGUAGCAAUUACUUGAUACAAAGGCAAUAUUCAAAUCCUGAAUUUCCUGGUAGGACUACGAGUCCUUCGAUAGUAGUUGAACCAGCACCGGUCAUUAAAACCGAAGAGGAUAUUACUGAUGUAAAUAUUUACGAGGAACCUAUUUUGGCUAUAACUAAUGCUGGAAGUAGCAGCAGUAGUAGUAGUAGUAAUAUUGCCAGUGGUAAUAAUACUCAAUCAGCAGGUGGAUUAAAAGUCAAAACGACUGAACUUAGGCGAAGUUCUUCUUCGCCUCAGACAACUAGCAGAGAAUCCAGAGAAGGUACAGGUGAUCAACGAUUAGCUCAUUGUCCAGUAUUACGUCCUGGUCCAGCUUUAGGUUGUAAUCAUUGUUGGAACACCAUGGAUGCUCAUAGAAGAAUCUUACGAAGAAAAACCAAGUACCAUUGUCCAGAAUGUCAAAUUAAUUUAUGUAUCGUACCUUGUUUCCAGGAAUAUCACGAGCAACGUCGCGAAUUAAUAUCGAAAUUGAAACCCUUACCAAAAACUAGUUCCGUUUAAUUAACAUCUUACUAAUUAUUAUUCUUUCUUUUCCCACCCCUCCCCCUGCCCCUGCCCCAACCCCUCCGCCCCUCUUAUUUUUUUCUUUUAUUUAUUUUAUUGUCGUAGGAGAGAUAAACUCGGCUGAUUUAUUACCACACGUAUAUUAUAUGUAUGUAUGUAUGUAUGUAUGUAUGUAUGUAUGUAUGUAUGUAUGUAUGUAUGUGUAAGCGUACGCUUUAAAUGUAUAAUGAAAUAUCGCGUCGAAUCGAGAUAAAAAGUUUGUAGAAAAAAUUUCAUUUUCAUAAUUGAUAAGAAGCAUUUUCAUUUUUUUUUUUUUCUUUCUACGAUGUGAAAUAAUAAUAGUAAUAAUUAUUAUUAUUAUUCGGAAUCAACGUUUAAUUGAAAUCAAAAACAAGAAAUGAUAAUAAUGAUAUGUUUUCGUUGAACGAGAAACUAGUCAUUUUUUUCUUCUAAAACAAGUUUCGAACAUCGAUCACGUUCAUAUUAAAUUGUCGUGUGCAUAUUUUUUUUUGUGUUUUUUUUUUUUUUUUUACAUAUUUUUUAAAUCAACGUAAAAAUGUUUUUCUCUCCCCUUUAUAAUAUUUUAUUUUUCUUUUUAAUUUUUUCUUUUUGGCGAACGACAUGUUAACUUUGAUAUAUGUUUCGAAAAUUACACACACACAUAAUCCCAGUUAGGUAUACAUAUAUUCUCAUCAUUGAAUAAUUUAUGAUUAAGAAAAUACAUUCAUGCCAAGCAAAAUUGUUAUUUAAAUAAUGUUCCUACGUAUUAUAACCAUUUUAAGUAGUAAAAAAACGUAGAGAAAAAUUUGAAAUUAUUCAUGCGUAAAAUAACGAUUACAAUCGUGAUUACAACUAUUAUUACUACUACAACUACUAUUACGUAUACGUGACAUUUUUCGUCGUUCUCCAAAUAGUACAAGUCAUUUGUUGUAUUACACGAUAUAGUAUUACAUAUAAUAUAAUAUAAUGAAAUUUUCACAUUAUUGUUGUUACAUCGUUUCUGUACAAGAAACAAAAAAAAAAA